AUGCCAUCCACCUUCAAGUUUCCCAAGAACAUCUCCAAGUACGCGGUGGACUGGAGUGCAAUCGAGGUCGAGCAGUACCCGGUGCAGGACGACAUGAAAAGGUAUGUGGAAGCACUCGCCUCGAGUGCAAAGUUCCGCAUAUCCGGAGGAGUCCUACUCGAACAUGACCUCACAUGGGACAGGGGGCGUGAAGCAACAGCAACGCCGGAGACAAUGCGCCAGUACUAUUAUUUGGUGUCUUCGGAUCUGGCGCUCAAGGACCCGCCGCUCCCCACAAAGUCAGAGCGCAUUUUAUUCUGGAGCCAUGGUACCGAUGUGGGAUCAUUGUGGUGUAUGCUGCGCAACAGGGAUAUGCUCCCCAUGAAUGCGCAUGGCGUCUCCCAGUUCGGCUGCAACAUCUUCUAUGCGCUGGGCCAUGAGGUCUGCGGAGGAGAGACGGAUGAGUACAUCGCCCGGGUCCUCAAGGACAGCAACGCCAAAGCAUUCUGCGUGAGUCGCAACCGCUACAGCUUCAACUAUAUUGCCUUCGAGCAGCUUGCGCAGCCGCCCUCAACAGCCAGAGACGUGGGCCCCAAGUACCUGGGCGACAAACUCGUGGUGGCAGACCUCACAGAAUCCACCGACGUGGUCCACGCCGCCACCGCCGCCGACAGCACCAGAGUCAGCACCAAGCCUUCCGCCGGCUCCUUGGCCGCCAGCGCCACCUACGAGGAUGGAGAGCACUACGACACCAACUUGGUCUUCAAGUCCACCCUCCGGAAGACCGUGGAGCCAUCGGCGUGGAGUCGUGCCAAAAGACUUGCUGGCAUGGAUAUUCGCGACGUUACAGUUGCCCAUGUCAGCAGACGUGGCAUGGAAGAAUAUGGAUUACGCCCUCUUUCUCACGGGCGGUUUACGGGAAUUAUUCUCACCCGCAACGUCGCCGAGACCGUCCUCCUCUCACAAAUACAAAAGAGGCUCCGCGAGGACAACAUCGACGUCGACGCCACCAUCGAGGCAAUCUACAAGUCCAAAAACCUCAAGCCGCCAGACAAAGUGAAGGAAGCCACCAACUUCGUCACCCCCUUGGUGGAUGAAAUCUUUUUGGCCAUGAAGCCGUGGACUCAGGUCAAGAACUACGGCAAGAACUCCGAGCAAGACAACCAGGUCGUGCAGCGCAUGCAGGAGCUCGAAGAGGAAGCCGCCAAAUACAAGCAGCGGCUCAAAUCAGCAGGAGUGGAAGUGACACCUACCAAGGUUCUCCCACUGCAGCCUCCACCUUCGGCAUCUUCGGCACCGAGUGACUCUCAACAGGCACCGUCGACUUCCGCCCCACAGUGCUCCAGAAGAUCCUCUCCCCAAGCGACGGCGCACCCAGCGUACAACAAGAAGAAGCAGUACGAAAAGCUGCUCGAAGAACCAUACAACAUCAUCAAACAAAGUGGACAGCAACCCCCGACAAGCAUGACCUCCAUAAAAACCUGGGUCACCAACCUCAAGAAGACCUUGCCAGCAGACAAGCACAAGGAGUUGGACCAGCACAUUCAGCAAGUCCACGCCCUGCUCGAGGAGGGCAAGUACACCAAGGUGCAGCUCCAGGAGAUGGCCACACGAUGGGGCCUCCCAAUUUCGCUGAUUACAGCAGCGGCGGCCUCUCCCAGAACCCUACAGCAACUUAUUGCAGCAGUUACCUUCCUGGCCGUCUGA